UGAGAGAAGUGAAGAGGUUGGGACAGUUUGUGCGUUUUGCUCUUCCACAAUGGAACCCUACUCCUUCACAUCCUCAGCCAGCAUGGCCCAGAAAACAUGGGAACUGGAGAACAACAUUGUCUCCAUGGACGCCCCCUCAGCCGAUUCCGACUCCAUCUUCUUCUACGACGAUGCUGCUCAGGCAAAGUUCCAGCAGGAGAAGCCCUGGGCCAAUGACCCCCACUACUUCAAGCGCGUCAAGAUCUCUGCCCUAGCUCUCCUCAAGAUGGUCGUCCACGCCCGCUCCGGCGGCAACAUCGAGGUCAUGGGCCUUAUGCAGGGCAAGACCGACGGCGACGCCAUUAUUGUCAUGGACGCCUUCGCUUUGCCCGUUGAAGGCACCGAAACUAGGGUUAAUGCUCAGGCCGAUGCUUAUGAGUAUAUGGUUGAUUAUUCCCAGACCAACAAGCAGGCAGGACGGCUGGAAAAUGUAGUUGGGUGGUACCACUCUCAUCCUGGUUAUGGAUGCUGGCUUUCGGGUAUUGAUGUUUCAACACAAAUGCUCAACCAACAGUUUCAGGAACCCUUUCUCGCAGUUGUUAUUGAUCCAACAAGGACUGUUUCUGCUGGAAAAGUUGAGAUUGGAGCAUUCAGGACAUACCCAGAAGGAUACAAGCCUCCAGAUGACCCUGUCUCCGAAUAUCAGACCAUUCCUCUGAAUAAGAUUGAAGACUUUGGUGUACAUUGUAAACAGUAUUAUGCAUUGGACAUAACAUAUUUCAAGUCUUCUCUUGAUUGUCACCUCUUGGAUCUUUUGUGGAAUAAAUAUUGGGUCAACACUCUGUCAUCUUCUCCUUUAUUGGGGAAUGGAGACUAUGUUGCUGGACAAAUUUCAGAUCUAGCGGAAAAGCUGGAGCAGGCAGAGAAUCAAUUGGCUCAUUCGCGCUUUGGACCCCUAAUAGCACCUUCCCAAAGAAAGAAAGAGGAGGAAUCUCAACUUGCUAAGAUAACUCGAGAUAGUGCAAAGAUUACUGUUGAGCAAGUGCAUGGGCUAAUGUCGCAGGUUAUCAAGGACAUUCUUUUCAAUUCUGUGCGCCAGUCGAACAGAUCUCGCACUGAGCCAUCUGGCCCAGAACCCAUGAUUGAAACUUGAUUUGGUUACCUUGUUCAACAACAGUACCCUUAAAAUGCUUCUACAUCUCCAGAUUUUCCCUUGCACGAGUGGUUAACCAACACCAAGCUAAGAGGCUAUGAAAGUUUUGAUAUCAUUUAUGGUGACGUAAAUCCCUUGCUUGAUCAUUUGCCAAUUUAUUUUGGAAUUUUAGGGUUUGCAUAUUUGUAUUUAGUCAACGUUUUGAACGCCUUGACAAGUAAUGGUAAUCGAAGACCGUGUUACAUAUCUACACCGUCAUUUUCAUUCACAAUCCAAUUCAGUGCAA